AACACAUUCAGUUAUUGUGACCCAACGAGAAGGCUGUGAAACUGACAAAAGCGUGGCGCCAUAUUGCGUGCUUGUGUUUAGUUACUUUUCUGGCGCGUGGUCAAGAAUUAUUAUACUCUUUAAUUAAUAACGAUGUCCGAAAAUCAGGAACAGAAACCUGAAGCCGGCCCAGGAGACGCGAAUUCAGAAUACAUCAAGCUCAAAGUUGUUGGAAAUGAUAGCAACGAAAUUCACUUUAGGGUAAAGAUGACCACUCAAAUGGGGAAGCUUAAGAAAUCUUAUAGUGAUCGCGUCGGUGUACCUAUGACAUCACUGAGGUUUCUUUUUGAUGGUAAAAGAAUUAACGAUGAUGAAACACCAAAGCAGCUUGAAAUGGAAAACGAUGAUGUUAUUGAAGUAUAUCAAGAACAAACAGGUGGUCUUUACUGAAAUAAUUAUUAAAAAUUAUAUCAUGCAAAUUUUUGGUUUUCAUAUUUUAUAAAGUGAAAGUGACUAUUACACAUAAGAAAUGGACAAGUUAAUUAAUAUGCAUAUGUAUGUUAAAGAAAAAAAAAACAGUAUGUAGUUUCAUUUUCAUAUAAUCUAAAUGUGUUGUUCUACAUUCCUCUAACAAGGCAAUUUUUUAAGGACCAGCAACACAAUCACUUCUUUUUGUAAUGUAUAGUAUUAUCGGUUUCAAAAAAUCAGUUCAUAAAACUAAUUAUUGAGGCCCUGAAGAAUUCCCUACGAAUACUCUUUUCAUAAUAAUACACAAUAAUUUCUGUUUAAUGAAUUAGCUGUAGAAUGUCCAAAGGAACAAAAUAAUCCAUAAAACCAAUAAAAAUAAAUAAAUAUAUACUUUUUAUUAAUUACAUCAAAAGUAAUUGCAGUGAAAAAAGGGAAUUUAAAAUAAAUAUGAACGUGAUUCAUUAAAAUUGUUGCGUUUAAAGUAAAUCUGUAAUAAAAAAAGAAAAGUAACAA